AUGCUGAUUUUUCCUCCGCAGACGGCGUUGUUGGUGCUGAGCGCCGCGCUGGAUACGGCCCCCGAGUCGUUAGCCCCCCACGCCCCAGCGGUAGCCACGCUGUGUCGGGGGGCUCUGGCUUUUGGGGGGCCCCCCGCGACCCUCGCCUACGCCCUACGGGCUCUGGGGGGGCUGGCGGCCACCGUGGGGGACACCCAAACGGAGCUGCUGCGGUCGCUGCUGCCCGAGAUCCUGACGGCGCUGAAGCUCCUCCUGGACGUUCCUGGAGGCCGAUCCUGCCGCCGUCACCCCUCACCUUCGCUCCCUGCUCGACCUCUGCCUGCAGGUGGCAGGGGACGAAGGUCGAGGCGACGCCGUGAAGGUGAGGGCCCUCGACACCAUCACCUUCCUCGCCCAGAAGUGCCCCAAGGCGGUGCUGCGGGGGGGGCUGCUGUCCCCGCUGCUCCAGGGCCUCCUGACCCCCCUGUGCGCCCCCCAACGACCCCACGACGGCGCCCGGAACGCCGCCGCCAGGGUUCUGGACGCGCUGGCCGUGGGGCUGCCCCCCGAGAAACUCCUCCCGCAGCUGGUGCCGCUGUUGGGGGGCGCGUGGGGCAGCGGGGGGAGCGGCGCCCGCCAAGGGGCGCUGUUGGCCCUGGGGGCGCUGGAGGGCGCCGGGACGAUGCUACGGCAACGGUACCUAUCGGUGGCACUGGGGGUGCUGCGGGGGGGUCUGGGGGACCCCGAUCCCGGCGUGAGGGGAGCGGCUGCCAGCGCCCUGCGCACCCUGGGGGACAGCCUGCAGCCCGAGGUGCGGGCGGUGGCGGAGGAGGCGCUGCCGGCGGCGUUGGCGGCGUUGGGGGGCGAUGGGGGGGGGCGCCGCGAGGCCUGGUUCGUCCUGGAGACUCUGGUGGAGAGCCUGGGGGAGGCGCUGGGGCCGCAGCUCUCGGCCGCGCUCGGCGCUGUUCUGGCGUCGCUGGAGCCGUCGGAGCCCCCCGAAACCCUGGAGAUGGCGCUGAGCGCUCUGCACUCCAUCGCGGCGUCGGGAGCGGAACUUGGGGCGCAGGUGGGCCCCAUCCUGGAGGCGCUGAACCCCUUCUUGCAGCCGGGGCCCCCCGAGAGUCGCCCCCUGUGCCUCCAGGCGCUCGGCGUGGUGGGGGCGGUGGGGGGCGGAGCCGCGGGGGCGCUGCUGUCGGCGCUGGGAACGGCGCUGGAGCUGAGCCGCACCGAGGAGGGGGAGCGCCGCGGGGAGACCCUCGCCCGGAGGGCGGCGCUGGCGCUGGCGGGGGCGGUGGCGGAGGCCUUGGGGACGGCUUUGGCUCCGCUGCUGCCGCGCGUCGUUCCGCUGCUGCUGCGGGCGCUGCGCCAACCGCCGCCUGCGGCGGGGGGGGAGGGCCUCGACCCAUUGGUUCUCUUCGAGGAGGAGGAGGAGCCAAUGGACGAUGACGUCACGGAGGAGGAGGAGCUAAUCGAGGUGGAACUGGGAGGAGCGUGGGCAGAGGAACUGGUGGAGGCGUGCGAGGCACUGGGAGCACUGGCCGAGCACUGCGGUGCUGCCUUCGCCCCAUUCGCCCCCCCCAGCCUGGAGGCGCUGCUGGAACUGACCCAG